GUGCCGACCAACAGUCGGUCGCGGCGGGCCAAUUGAGAGGGUGCCGGCGGUGGGCGGUGGGUCGGUCGGGCGCCCGUCGGCAGUCGGUGGCCGCGGGUGGUGUCGGUGGGGUGUCGCACCGAGUGUCGCCGGGUCAGCAGUGUCGCGUGCCGCGCGGGCCGCCGCGCCGCGCCUCUGAGCGUCGGUCGUCUCUGACAUGGGUGUGGUGACCGUGGAGCGCAACAUGAAGCUCAAGGACAAGCGCUACGUGACGCCGCACGAGCUGAUGCUUUACAAGCCGCUCAGCUCUGAGACCAAAAACAAUAAGCGCAAUGGCCAAGUUCAGCCGCUGUCGAAUGGCCUUAUACAACAUCUUCUCGCGCAACAGCAGCAGCAGCAGCCGCAGCAGCAACAGCAGCAGCAGGGUCAGCUACAACAAGGUGAACAUGCGCUGUCGGGAGGAGCGGCCGGGUUCGGUCUGCCGUCGUACCUGGCGCCGGGACAGGAGCAGGCCGCCAUGGCUGCCUACCUCGGAGGCGGCUACCCCGCCACCAGCGUCGGCUACCUCCCAAUGCUGGGCGGCGCAGACGGUCAGGUAUCCCAGGCGGACCCGGCCGCGGCGGCAGCAGCAGCUGCAGCCGCCGGGCAGCUGCCGUACCUGCUGCCGUCUCAGCAGCCGCUGGCGCUGCCGGGACUGAGUCUCCUGGGGGCCGUGCCGGGCGGCGCCGGGCUGAUGCCGCCGCUGGUUCCUCCCGGCGGCGCCGUGCCCGGCUUCAUGGCCGGCGGCGGCGCGCAGGGGUUGGUGGUGCCGCCGCCCGGCGCCUCUGUGGACGGAGGUGUCACCGGAGAGUCUCUGCCGCUGGCGCUCUCGAUGGCCGGCUUUCAGAACAUCCUGGGCGCUCCACUGACGUCUGUGACCGCGCGGAUGCCCACUGGUCUGGAGCUGGAGCCCCUAUGGGCCCGGCCUCUGGGUCUGGCUGGUCUUCAGACAGCCCAGGCCGCCGGUCUGCUGACCGCCAGCCAGCCGCAGUCCAGCCGCCGGGGACACUCCAGCCGCGCCGGCGGACGGCCCGCGCGCGGCCGCUUCCUCGAGGAGUUCCGAAACAACCAGCUGCCUGGUCUGCAGAUCCGCGACGCUGCCGGUCACCUGGUGGAGUUCUCCCAGGACCAGCACGGCUCGCGCUGGCUCCAGCAGCGGCUCGAACACGCCGCAGACGAGGGGCGCCGGCUGGCCUUCGACGAGAUCGCGCCACACGCCUUCACCCUGAUGGACGACGUGUUCGGUAACUAUGUCAUCCAGAAGCUGUUCGAGCUCGGUACGCCAGAACAACGCGCCACGCUACUGCAGCGAAUGCAGGGCCACAUAGUGGAGAUGUCCGUACAAAUGUACGGCUGUCGCGUAGUGCAGAAGGCCCUGGAGACUCUCGACCACAGCCAACUAUCGAAGGUCACUCGUGAGUUCGACGGUCACGUUGUCAGACUGUGCCGGGACCAGAACGGUAACCACGUGAUCCAGAAGUGUUUCGAGGCGGUGAAUCCGAUCCCGGAGCUGAUGGUGCGUGCAUUCCGCGGCCACAUGGGCACCCUAUCGGCCAACGCCUACGGGUGCCGCGUGAUCCAGCGUCUGCUGGAGCACGCUGCCGAGGAGCAGACCCGUCCGCUGGUCGACGAGCUGCACUCGCUCAGCAGCGAGAGGCUCCUCUACGACCAGUACGCCAACUACGUGGCCCAGCACAUCGUCCAGUUCGGCGCCGAGCCGGACCGGCGGAGAAUGGCCGAGAGACUGCGCGGCCGGGUACUGCACGGCUCCCGCAACAAGUACUGCAGUCCGUUCGUGGAGAAGUGUCUGCAGUACGCGCCGGCCGACACGCGACAGCAGCUCAUCGAGGAGGUCCUGGCCUUCACCGACCAAGAGUUUUUCGAGAUGUGUCAGGAUCAGUACGGCAACUACGUCUACUGGCGCGCCGUGGAGAACGCCGGCCGGGAGGACUUCAGCAGGCUGACCAGCAGGCUCAUGCAGCACCUCACCGAACUGAAACGGAUGCAGUACGCCAAGCACCUUGUGAAGAAGAUCGAAGAGCUCGAACAUUCUGACCGCGGUAGCAAAGGUCAGACGGCCGGCCGGUGAGGCGAGGCGAACAGCGCUGAGGGGUGCUGACUGCUGAGGGUCGCCGGCGGCAGCACCCCGGGGCUGGGAGGGUGUAUCGGGUACCGGGAGGAAGGUGUUCUGGUACUCCCGGCGCAGAGAGGCGAGCUGCAGUGAGUUCCGGUGGCUCGCUCGGCUGUGGCUCGGCUGUGGCUCAACUAUGACAGACUAUAGACCUCUGACACGGCAGUCGGUACACCAAAUUCCACGGCCCGGGCUGCCGCGAGCAGGUAUCUCCAAAUAGCUCCGAGCAAUUUCAAACUGUUCCGAGAUAACGAGAGGGGCCCGGGCUGUAAGACCCUUGCCAUGUCAUCAGAGGAGUUUGAUGAGCUGCUGAACGAAAUGGGCAAUCGACCUGGCUGUUACGGUCCCACUGUGCCAACACGUAAUACGAACGCCAAGUCAGCUCGUCAUUGCCUAAGAACCGAGAUGGGCCAGGCCCAGGGCGAAAUGGGCCGGUACGCAACGUGGUUCCUUUAGUGGCAAAGCCGAACGGAAAGGGAAGGAACAAAAGGAAGAGACAGUGAUAUAUCAAAUGAGCCUCAGCAGCGGGAUGGCGGCAGCGGCGGCGCAGAGAGCCGGAUGGUGAUGCAGCGGUGCGCCGCACGGGCUCUCGGGAGGCAUUACGGACGCCGCCGGUGGCCCGCUGCUGCACUGUUCCGGCGACGAGGGCCGACCAGCCGACCCGAGACGGCGGCUCCGGCACGCAGUGAGUAUGUACGCGGGCGGCGCCUGAACGAGAUCUCCUGCUUUGGAUCUGUGCGCGUGCCGCCGCCUUUUUGUGAUGGCGAGCCAGAGCCUUUGGCGGCGUGCGUGUCUGUAUGUUUGUGUGUGUGCGUCUGUGUGUACAUACGCGCUGUGCACGAGCUGUGUAGCCGCCAGCGGCUCGGCGCCACUGUCGUGUGUUGGAGACCGUGUCCGACUGUACCAUCGCUUUCACAUCAUGUACAUAUAAAGACUGCGCCCGCCGCGCUGCCCCGGGCGCCUGGGCCCCGGGUCGGGCGGCGGGCGGCGGCGCUGACACGCCGACCGGCGGCCUCCCAUCCGGGGCAGCCGGUCGGCCGACUCAGUGCAGCUCACUCAUCAUUCAUGUCAUAAUGCUUUAUAAUUUUUCCAUCAAUGAUGACUGCUCCGUGUCGCAUCAGUGGAGUCGGCACCGACCGUUGCCGGGUUAUUUCUCACGGAAAUGCAUGAGUUUAUCCUUCAAUGAACUCUACACGGCCAAAUUUUAUGGUAGACUUUUACCUCUGUCUUCAUUUGACUGCUCAAAGUUAAUCAUUUUACCGCAUUGACUAAUGAUUUUCUGAGAGCCGGUAGAGCGGUCGGUGCAGGAUCCACUGGCGCUGCGAUGUUGUCGCUACAAGCCAUGACAUCCUGCCAAUGAUGUACAGCAGCUCAUCGCAAACAUGUUUUGAUGCACUGCAUUGAUUGCCUUUAUCGUUAGUUUGUAGUUAAGUUCUUUUUUCUACUAUAUUAACCUAGUUUAGUCGGUAGCGGCAGGAAGCAGGAGGCAGUACCGUCAGCGGAGCGGAAUGGCAGCACCGGCCGAGAAACUUUCUUUGCCGAAAAGAUAAACUGUAUUGAAUAAUUUUCUUAGUAAAGCACAUGCACUUAGCCAGGCAAUGCUUCUUCUACAUAAUGUGUGCACAUGCAUACCUCCUAUCCUAUUAGUGUGCGAUUUUCAAACUUAGUAAUUGUUUGCUUAAUUUAGUUCACAAAACGUAAAGAUGCCUGUUCACACGUAGAGUUUCUCGCAGCCUCGGUUUCCCCUCCGGUGUCCGCUGGCGGUGGUGCAUCGCUUCGGUAGUGGGCUCUUAUAGGUUAGUCUCAAUAUCUGCAUUUUACCCCCGGCUUGGCGUGGGCCACCGGCUCUAGAUUCACUCAUUCAUCAUGUGAUCCCGGAGAUUUAAUAAACCUGACGAUGCGG